UAUCUCUCUCCAAAGUGAUGUUUACAGACACAUUGUUUCGGUGGUUAAGUGUGGUGAUAGUCUUGGUCACGAUCAUCAGUCCGCACCCGGUGACCGGUGUCGAUUGGAACUUUCUCAAGUGUUUCGAGACGGUUAAGCGAUGUCCAAACCAGAAUGUUUCGUUUUAUCUCUACACGAGAGAAACGCAAGAGAAUCCCACCCAGCUGGAUAUGUUCAACGCGCAGUCGAUCAGGUCCGCAAACUUCAUCAAAGGUCGUCCACUGAUUGUACUCAUCCACGGCUACACCGGACAUCGUGACUACGCUCCAAAUCCUACGAUUAGACCUGCAUACUUUGCCUACGACGAGUACAACAUUAUCUCCGUCGAUUAUCAUCCACUCGCGCUCGAGCCCUGCUAUCUGCAAGCCGUACGGAAUCUUCCCACGGUGGCAAACUGUACCGCCCAGCUGCUUGAUUUCAUCAUCGAAAAUGGUAUCAUCCCGCUGGAGGAUAUCCACGUGGUGGGGUUCAGUCUUGGCGGCCAAACGUCCGGCAUGAUCGCGAACUAUCUGCGGGCCGGCCGGUUAAAGCGCAUCACGGGACUCGAUCCGGCCAAGCCGCUCUUUGUGUUUGCCACGAACGAGUACAAGCUCGAUCAGUCGGAUGCGGAGUUUGUGCAGGUGAUCCACACGGAUGUGUUCCAGCGCGGCAUUCUACACCCGAGCGGCCAUACGGACUUUUACGUGAAUGGAGGCGUCGAGCAGCCGGGCUGUGAUGCGAGCACCAUGAUGACGAUGGGCGAGUGUAACCACAAUCGGGCGCCCGAGUACUACGCGGAGUCGAUCGCGUCGGAGGUGGGCUUCUACGGGUAUCGGUGUGCCCACUGGUACCUGUACAUGCUCGGUAUAUGCCGUGGUGGAGGGCCCGACGAACAGGUCGCCAUUAUGGGUGCGCACACACCCAACACAACUCGAGGCCUUUACUUCCUGAGCGUGAACAUGAUGCCGCCUUAUGCAAGAGGAAGAAAUUUCACCUUACGAGAUGAGCUGGCGGCCAUAUCGGCUCACAUUGGCAACUAG